AUGUCUAAACGCACUCCAAGGGUUUUUAUCAUUCGCCAUGGUGAGUGAGGAUGUCUGUGUGCGUGCGUGCGUGCGUGUGUGUGUAGGUCAUGUUGCAGUGCUGUAGUCUAAUGCUAACGAGUGUUAUCGUGCCACAGGUGAGACGGAAUGGUAAUUGCAAUACCCCGCAUCCCAGAUCUGCUUUGAAUACGUGAUAUGUAGAAUGUUAUACACGUUCGUUAGGUACCACGUGUUGAUACAAUUGGGCGCAAUGUGCACAGGUCGCUCAACGGCCGACACACCAGCACGACAGACCUCCCUUUGACGCCCGCCGGUGAGAUGCGCAUAAAAGCAACCGGGGAAGCUCUCAUCGGAGAGAAGGGGCUGAUUUGUCCGAGCCUAUUAGCAUACGUGUAUCACCCCCCUUCCCCCCAGUAAUAUUAAUCGCUCCCAAACGGUAGCAAUGGGCGCUACGAGUACAUUGCAGUGCUGACCUCAGGAAGCUACGUCUCCCCACGCCUCAGGGCAAAGCGCACCCUUGAGCUACUCGGACUCUACGAGAAAUGCCCGCACCUGCACGAACGGUCUGCUGAGACUGAUCAACUGGUGGAAUGGAAUUACGGCGACUACGAGGGCCUCACGAGCCCGGAGAUACGCGAGCACCGGCGCGCGAACGGGGCGCUCGCUGAUAGGCCGUGGGAUAUUUGGCGGGACGGGUGCGUGGGAGGGGAAUCGCCGGAGGAUGUGGAGAGGAGGUGUGACGCGCUUAUCAAGACGAUUAGAGAGCAAUGGCAUGGCCCUGCUGUGCGGGAUGGAAACACGCCCGGGGAUGUGGUGUGUGUCGCACAUGGCCACUUGUUGAGGGCUUUUGCGAUGAGGUGGGUUGGGAAGAGCAUUAGUAGUAAUACGGUGCCACUGAUAUUGGAGGCUGGAGGUGUUGGGAUCCUCAGGUUCGCCCCCUGCUUUCCCUAUCCCAUUACGGUCUAGUAAGGGUUGUGCAUUGAUGGGUUGGCAGUUAUGAACAUCACUCGAUUGACGAGCCCGCAAUAUUGCUCGGGGGUUCAUUCGUGGUUAAGGCUGAAAGCCCCAAAGAUUCGGAGAGCCCGGAGACGGAGCGUCAGACCAAGGUGGCCAUCAUGUGA